AUGGGCCAUCCUAGUCCGAGAACCGUCGCCGCCGUGAGGGCCGAGGAGGCCGUCCUCGACGGCGCCCUCGCGCAGCAGUACGGCGGCAAGCAUGUCGGCGGCUGGGUAUCACGCCUGCCGGCAUCGUGGGUGCCGUACGUGCAACUGACACGGCUCAGCCCGCCGGCUGCCCUGGCCCUCAUCUAUUUCCCCCAUUUCUUCGGCGCGCUGUUGGCCGCCAUCCUGCGUGGCUCCCCGGUCGCCGCGGUCCUGCGGGCUUGUGCCGUGCUGCUCGUCGGCAGCUUCUUCUUCUCCAACGCCGCACACGCGUGGAACGACCUCGUCGACGCGCCGCUCGACGCGGCCGUGGCCCGCACGCGCACCCGGCCGAUCCCACGCGGCGCCAUAUCACCCCGAGCCGCCUUCGUCUUCACCGCCACCCAGGCCGUCGGCGCCGCCGCCGUGCUGCUGCUCUUCCCAGACCCUGCCGGGGCCGCUUGCUACGCCCUGCCCAACAUGCUCGCAACCGCCUACUACCCCUGGGCUAAGCGUCAUACCCACUUUGCCCAGCUCGUGCUCGGCGCCUGCCUGGCCUGGGGCGUCGUUGUAGGGUGUGUGGCCAUGGGCUACGAACCCUUCGCGGCGUCCCCCCUGGGCGUGUCGGUGCUGUGCCUGUGGGUGGCGUGCAUGCUGUGGAGCGCCAUAUACGAUACCAUCUACGCGCACCAGGACGUUAAGGACGACGCCGCCCUCGGGCUCAAGAGCCUCGCCGUGCUGUUCCGCCGCCGCACCAAGCCCGUGCUGUGGCUGGCCCAGGCCGCCAUGGGCGGCCUGCUGGCGGCGUGCGGUGUGUCUGCGGCCAUGGCCGUUCCGUACUACAUCGUCGCCCUCGGCGGAUGCGCCCUCUCGCUUGGCGCCAUGGUGGCCUGCGUGGACCUCGCGGACCCCGCCAGCUGCUGGUGGUGGUUUCGCUAUGGGUUCUGGGGGGCGGGGUUGUCCAUCGCUGGGGGCCUGCUGUCUGAGUAUCUGGUGCGCAUCGCCUAG